AUGGACCACGGCGACAUGGACCACGGAGGCAUGGAUAUGGGUGGCGGCGCCGGCGGGCGACAGUGCAAAAUUGACAUGCUCUUCAACAUCAACACCAUUGGCAGCUGCUUCUUCACCAGCAAGUUCUACAUUGAGACCAGCGGCCAGUUCGCCGGUGCCUGCAUCCUCGCGCUCCUCCUCGUCGUCGCCCUCGAGGGCCUCCGCCGCGCCACCCGCGAGUUUGACCGCUUCAUCGCCCGCCAGCACGUCGCGCGCCACCGCCCUGAGAGCGCCGCCGCCGGCCCGCGCAAGGACAGCUCCGAGGGCAUCGUCGCCGCCGCGUGUGCCCCGAUCCCUCCCCUGCGCCCGACCCUCGUCCAGCAGGCCAUCCGCGCCUCGCUGCAUAUGCUCCAGUUCGGAACCGCCUACAUUGUCAUGCUGUUCGCCAUGUACUACAAUGGCUAUAUUCUGCUGAGCAUUGUGGUCGGCGCCUUCAUUGGCUUCAUGGCCUUCAACUGGGAGCCUAUUGCUGUCUCGUAUGUACCUCUUUCCACCAGGACGUGUACGACGCGCGUGUGUUAA